UAUGGCGUAACCGUAAACAAACGAAACAAACGAUUCGCAAAGGUUUCGAAGCUUACGUAACGACGUCACUAGCAGUUAUCUCCUCCCAUUCCAGGAAGAGAUUGUCGUUUUUGACAGAAGGCGCAGCAGCAAGCAGCUAACUAACUUUCUAGUAAAGUUAUUCUUUCCCUGUUAGUGUUAUAAUUAUCCGUCGUCGUUACUUGAUAGAAUCUCUGUAAACACUGCAGGAGAAAAUGUCCUUCGUCAUCAACCUGAUCUCUGGCAGCCUUCGGUUCGUGUUUGAUUUGCUCCGGAGACUCUUUGGCAAGAGCAGACCUGCCAUUACCCUUGAAGACCCCAAUUUGAAGUAUCCAUUGCGCCUUGUGGACAAAGAAAUUGUUAGCCAUGACACAAGAAAAUUUCGCUUUGCUUUAAAAUCACCAGAUCAUAUUCUUGGACUUCCUAUUGGGCAACACAUCUACCUGUCUGCCAGGAUUGAUGGCAACAUUACGGUGAGGCCUUACACCCCGGUGUCUAGUGAUGAUGACAAGGGCUUUGUGGAUCUGGUGGUGAAGAUAUACUUCAAAAAUGUCCAUCCAAAAUUUCCAGAGGGUGGGAAGAUGUCCCAAUAUUUGGAGAGCCUUCGUAUUGGUGACACGAUUGAUUUCAGAGGACCAAGUGGACUUCUGGUUUACAAGGGCAAAGGGUCAUUUGCAAUCAGGCCUGAUAAGAAAUCCGACCCUGUGGUGAAAACCGCAAAACAUGUUGGCAUGAUCGCUGGUGGUACAGGCAUUACACCUAUGCUCCAGAUAAUCCAAGCAAUCAUGAAAGAUCCAAAGGAUGAGACUGUGUGCUAUUUACUUUUUGCAAACCAGACAGAAAAAGACAUUCUCCUACGCACUGAGUUAGAAGAGGUCAUGGCCAAUCACCCGACACGCUUCAAGCUGUGGUACACCGUCGACAGGGCACCAGACGGCUGGGAAUACAGCCAAGGCUUCAUCAGUGAGGAUAUGGUGAAGAACCACCUUCCUCCACCCGGUGAUGACACACUCAUCCUCAUGUGUGGACCUCCUCCCAUGAUUCAGUUCGCCUCCAACCCCAGCCUGGAGAAGGUGGGCCAUUCCAUUGACAGGCGCUUCACCUUCUAGAUGGGCCUUCUUCACCUGUGACACUUGAAAGCAAGCGGUUUUGCAUUAAGCAAGUGCAGCUUCAGUUAAAAUGAUAGCCAUGCUACCACCUGCCAAAUGCCUGUAUGGCUUUCACACAUUUUACCUGCGUAACUGAUCUGUAUAUGAUGCAAAGAAAAUGCCUGUACGUUUUCAGUUAUAUCAAAAUGUACUCACUGUUUUUUUUUUUUUUUUUUUGGAAAAUUCUGCAUGCAUAAAUAUUUAUCUGCCAUUAAGUCAUGGAGAAGUUGUGUGUGUUUUAUGCCUGGAUUACAGCAAACUUUUUUUUUACAUUUUGCAAUAUAUAUAAUCAGAUGAAGGAUGAGAUUGGAAUGGAAUGCAACGUUACACUUGCAUUUUUGCUUAAUUAUGCACCUUUUAAUCAACAAAUAUUGAUGAUUUGUAAUAGUGUCUGUGUUAUACAUUUUUACAUAAGCAGCAACAACAAGCUGUUCAUCAAAGUUCAUGCUCAGUCAUUAGUUUUACACUAAUCUUAUUAAUGCAAUCACUCUAAGAUGGAUCACUCUGUAGGGGGACCUGGUGUUGAUCAGUGAGUUUACACUGCUCAUUUGCCUUGUUAUAUCAAAACUUGUUUUUUAAUUUGUCAAAACAAAAAUUUAAGAACAAAUCGGGGGUUUGUCCUUUAUUAAGUGCCUUUCGGAUAACAUUAUUAUAUUGCAUAAAUUAGAUUCAGUUCUAAAUGCAUGAUUCCAUACAGUACAUGCUGAAUUCAAUGAUUAAAAACAAAAGUAUAUAUAUUUUUUUGUAUUAUUUCACCAGUUUUAUACCUUUUUGUACAAGACUUGUUUGCUGUUCACCACGCUUGUCUACAUGGCCGAAGCAUAUUCCUCCAAUAAUUUAUCAUUGACCAAUAAAAUUAUAUUCUUGAUUGUUUGUGUA